AUGGACCAGUUCUUCUUGGUCUAUAAACCUCUUCAUGCUGUUGAAGAAGAGGAAUGGAUGAAGUGUUUUGAUGACCCUGAGUAUGAAGAACUGUUAAACAUUGCCAGAAAUGGACUGGCCAAAACUGCAAAGCCAAAGAUAGUUGUGAUUGUCGGCGCAGGAAUAAGCGGACUCACUGCUGCCAAAUUACUGAAAGAUGCUGGACAUCAGGUUCACAUUCUGGAAGCCAGUGACCGUGUGGGGGGUCGGAUAAAGACCUAUCGCGAGAAGGACUGGUACGUGGACUUGGGACCUAUGCGUCUGCCCAAGGCACACAGAAUUAUUCGUGAAUAUCUUAAGAAAUUCAACCUGACGCUAAACCACUUCGCUCAGACAGAUACGAACGCCUGGUAUUUGCUUAGAAACCAAAGGGAAAGGGUGGCCGCCGUGAAUGCCAAUGCCGGCCUCUUUGGCUAUCAACUGGCUCCCCAUGAAAAGGGACGGUCUCCUGAUGAACUCUAUGUGAGCACCUUGGACAAGGUGACCAAAAACUGCACAAUUUUGAAGGAGAAAUAUGACUCCUAUUCCACCAAGGAAUACUUAAUUAAAGAAGGACAUUUGAGCAGAGGAGCAGUAGAUAUGAUCGGUGACCUUUUAAACGAAGAUUCUGGAUUCCACAUUUCAUUUCUUUACUCCAUCGUGGAAUACAUCACAUUUUUCGACGAAAACAGUUUUGAGGAAAUCACCGGGGGAUUUGACCAGCUCCCCAACCGCUUCGCCCAGGAAUUGUCUGGGACAAUCCGUUUAAACAGCAGAGUGGAGAAGAUUGUUCGCUCAGACGAGAAGGUGAGGGUGUUUUUCCGCAAGCUGGAGAAAAACGCCCAGUCGUGCUUGACUGCCGACUACGUCCUUGUCACAUCCACAGCGAGAGCCACACGACUCAUCAGAUUCCAGCCGCCUCUUUCCCACUCCAAGGUUCACGCCUUCCGCUCCUUCCAUUAUGCCAGCUCAACUAAAAUCGCCUUGGCCUGCACAGACCGGUUUUGGGAGAAGGAUGGCAUUAGAGGGGGGAGGUCAAUCACCGACCACCCAUCCCGAAUGAUCUACUACCCUAACCAUAACUUUACAAGUGGCCUGGGGGUCCUUCUGGUUUCUUACACCUGGCAUGAUGAUGCAGAUUUCUUUGUUCCCCUCAGCGAGGAAAAGUGUCUUGACGUGGUGAUGGAUGAUUUGUCAGAAGUCCACAAUAUAUCUAAAGAUUAUCUCAAAUUGGUUUGUAACAGGCACGUGAUCCAAAAAUGGGCCCUCGAUAAAUUUUCCAUGGGGGCUUUUGCUUCUCCCACUCCAUACCAGUUCAGCCACUUUUUCAAGAGUUUGUUUCGGAACGAAGGGCGGGUCUACUUUGCUGGAGAACACACAGCUCACCCUCACGCUUGGAUUGACAGUGCCAUGAAAUCUGCGAUCCGGGCAGCAAGUGGCAUUCACCUCAAUCAACCUGUAUUGUAAGCUUCAGGGAAACAUGACUGUAUGAUGCAGUAUUCUUUACCAAAUUGAUGGG